GACAGAGCGCUAUUGACAGUGAAUGCACCGAUGAGUGUAAAUGGAACAGCUGGAAGUGCUGUCAUCCUGCCCUGCUAUUUCACGUUCCCCUAUACCAGCUACACUACCUUCGAGAUUACAGUCAUCUGGAAGAUGGGGGUGUUUUAUACAGGGACGGUUCUCUUCAACGCAACAAACAGAGCCAAGGGCCAAGAGGAAUUUGAAAAUGUUGUUCACACAAACAUCAAUGACCGGUACAGACUGGCCGGGGACCCCAGGAUUAAUGAUGCUUCAAUCAAGAUAAGAGAGGCCAGGCUCGAUGACACCAAUGAGUAUUUCUGUCGUGUGGAAGUCAAACGUCCAGCAUUACCUGCUUACAUGAAGGAAAACAACCUUGGGACCGUCUUGAAAAUAACAGGCCCACCUAUCAUCUUCAACGUAUCUAUCCAGGUCAUCAAUGGUACGCAGUUUACCCUGGUGUGCCAUGUUCAAGGAGAGCCCUCUCCACACAUCAUGUGGGUCGACCCCCAGGACCAUAGACUCCCUGUGAACGCCAGUGAUACACCGGUUGUACGAGGCCCAGGGCAGUAUCAGGUUGUGGGGGAGCUACGUGACCCGACGCUGGGAGGGAACUACACCUGUGUGGCCUCCAACAGCCUUGGCAAUGCCACUCAAGUUAUCUACUUCACCAGCUCGAAUGAGGACUGGUCAAUGCUCAAAGUAAUAAUCGGCGUCUUGGUUGGAAGCCUCGUUCUGAUUGUCCUGAUUGUUGUUGCCCUUGCAAUCUGGAGGAGAAGGACAGGAAUUUUGGAUUUUACCCCACAGAGAGAAAGAUGCCCACCUGAUUCAUCCAACUAUUGUAAAGUGAAACAGUGUCAGAAAAAAUCAACACCAGAGAACUCUAGCACUAUUCUCGAGUCCCCAGAAGUCAGUAACUGCUAACUGGCAAGUUUUACUGCCUGCUGCCGCACCCUCAAACUUUGACCUCGCAGAAUGCAACCAACUCCAGAAGCUGUGCCCUGAGGAAGGAGUCUGACCCUGUGUGAAGUGGCCGUCGAUAUUUUACACUCUCCUGUCUGCCGCCUCAACGUGAAGGACACAAGAUUUCUGCUUUUGGAUUGUCGCCAAGGUUACCUGCUGGCUGGUGUGGGAUCUCGAACCUCACUGUGCAGACCAGAAGGUGUGAACACGAUCCCACCCCCCUCCGUGUCAUUCCUAUCAGAUGGGCAUUUAUUGGGCAUUGAUCGGAGAUCCUGCUGGAGGGGGGUACCUUUUGGAACUGACUAUCCAAGAGAAGACCAUAUUGCUAUGAGUCUGGAUUCAGGAGUUCCUUCCCUGAAGGACAUUUGAGGACCAGUCCCCUUUUUUUAUUUAUGUGACUGCAACAGCUUAUGGUCGUCUUAUUAACACAAAAUACUGUGGAUGCUGGAGAGCUGAAACAAACACAGAGAAUGCUGGAGAAACUCAGCAGGUCUAGCAGCAUCCUUGGAGAGAGAAACAGCAUUACCAUUUUGAGUCCAGUCUCCCUUGUUCAGAACUUCUGGACUCGAGAUAUUAACUCUGCUUCUGUCUCCACAGAUUCCAGCCUUGCCGUGUUUCUCCAGCUUUGUGGCCUUGCUUACUGUUAACUUUUUUAUUUCCAGGUUGGACCAAAUAUUUUGGAUUGAUCUUCACUGGAUUAUCAGUACAGUGACAUAACCCAAUACCCCUGGAUCCAGCCUUAGGUGUUGAGGGUUGUUAAGCUGUCUGAUCACUGGAAACAGCAAACCUGUUAGAUCUAGUUUUCCCGUUAACCCAGAACGAGUGGGAUAAAUCCCAGCUCCCGGGGCCAAGCGCUCACCAGGAGAACCUGUCAAUCUGCUGGAUUUUGGAAUUUUCUGCAUGUGCGGCCUCAGUUUUAGGCUCUCAAAUGAACCAGAAAUAACAUGAGAUUGUUGCAGUUCCUGACAUAUCCAGAAAUGGGAUGUGCAGCAGAAAGGCAGUGUUAUAGAAUCAUGGAAUUCCCACAGCAGACCAUUCAGCCAAUCAAAUCCACACCAAACCUCCACAGAGCAUCUCACCCAGACCCACACCCCCUUACUCUAUCCCUGUAACCCUGCAUUUCCCACGGCCAAUCCACCCUAACCUGCACAUCUUUGGACUGUGGGAGGAAACCGGAGCAUCUGGAGGAAACCCCACGGAUUCUACUAUUUGUUUUAUGUUGGGUGGUGAUCUGAGAAAGUGGUGGGGAAAUGGAAUUGAAGUCCAGACCAACUACCAUCUGAUUGAGGGCUGAGUGGCUUCCUCCUGUUUCCGGGGAUCUCACUGUUGCCAGGUUGGUACCUACAGAGGUGGCGGGGUGGGGUGGUGUCGGUGAACGGCCCAGUGUAUGGCAAGUCCACUCGACGAUGCAGAGUAGGCAGUGCAGCCCACCCCACCCCACUUCGUGCCUGGCCCAUGAUUCCAUCAGAUCGUGGAGGGUACACAGUUUACAUGCCAGGCCAGGUCAGCAGUGCAGAGGGCAGCACACUGUCCCUCCCACCCCCAUCAUGAUGUCUAGGUAAUGGAUGGAUUCUGUAUUAACAGUGCACCAGGAGAAUCUAUUCCCUCUCACGAACAUCAUGUUGAAGGACACAAUAUUUCCAAGAUUUUUGGUUAUUUGGUGACUCGGCUAAAGAAGGCUUAAUCAGAGUGACUGGGGUAUUUACUUGUCACUCUGUUUGGUUGGGAGUGGGGUUGUUGACUGGCUCCCUUGGCCAGGGUGUGAUACAGAAUGGUGCCAAACGCAUGGGUUCAAUCCCUGUGCUGGUAGUUCACAGGUACCAUGUUUGCAGAGUGAACCUAUAUAGA